AUGCAAACAUUUGAACUGAUGAAUAUCCCCAAGUGCUGUAAACUUUCCUAUUUCCUUAAACCAGAAUUUUUUGAUGAUUACCUCAACUAUUUGGUUGGUAUCAGCGGGAGUGUUUUCAACUCUUCUAGUAGGUCUAGUAAUAAAACAGUAAAUGACCAGAUUACCAACAUGCGGAAACCAUACUUAGAGAUAUUUUUAGAUCUGGUUUCAAUUGAAUUCAACAAACACGAUAUUGCGAAAUCCUUACAUGAUGACAACCCGGACCAAGAACCGGUUGUUGGCCUAUUGUCUGCAACGGAAAUCGACACACCUAUAAUUGGAGUUGAGCUCUUUAAUAAUUUUUUGACAUUUUUAGACAUUGAAAUUAUUCUAUCUUGGUACAAGGGAAACAGUGAUGAUCAUGAUCAUUUUGAUUUUCAACUCCUUAAUAUAAAUAAGCAAGCAACAGCUAUUGGUCUUUUAAAUAGAAAGGAAAAUAAGUUCCCAAAAGCUGAUACAAGUAGACACGAUGAAAUGUAUGAGAUCGAAGAGCAAAAUUGUACCGAUAUAGAUAAAGAUUUAAGAACAUCUGAAAAGAAGAGAAUUCAAGGAGAUGUAACAAUUGACCGAAAAAUUCCUUCAGAGAUUUAUGAAUUGGAAUUACACGAUCUUAUUGAUUUGGUUGAUCAACUCUAUAUUUUUAUGUCAGUGUUAUUUUGCGCUUGCAUCUUAGGUAAGCGUGGUGCUUGGGGGAUAACCCAAUUGCAUUAUUUACAAGAAGAGUCGAAAAAGGCCAUAAAAAAAUGGGGGAUCAUUGAAGCUAAAUACCAAUUUCUUGAUUUAAGCAUCGAAACUGACCUGGAAGAACUCAGAACUUUUGUCAGUUUAAAUCUGGAUAGUCCUAUAAUGGGCACUUCUGGAUGGCUGAAUGUUAGCUCAAAUGUUCCAGAAUUAAAAUAUAGGAAGGAGUUAGAAGAUGUCAAGUUGAAAAAUCAAGAAUUAAAUUUACUUAAUUUGAAGGUUAGCCAUGAUUUUGAACAAAAUGAAAGUAAAAUGAGAGGUUUGUAUGAGCAUAUAACUAAACUAAGUAGAGAAUUAGAGGAAUACAGUGACCGUGAAGAAGAAUAUAAGCUGUUAAAAAAGCAGAUUGAGAUUUCUGAGAUAAAAUGCAGAAAUUAUGAAAGACGAUAUAAAGAAGAACUUGAUAGGUUAACCAAAGAUUCUGAAAAGCUGAGUGAUACUAUUACACAAUUUCAAGUGAUGAUAAAGCAGAGGCAAACUUUUGACGAUAUUGCAAUUAAUGAAAAAGAUAAAACAAUAAAAGAUCUAGAAGCCAAAGUUAGAGGGCUUGUCAAAACCGGAGAAAAUGAACUCAAAAGGAGUAAAGAGGUCACGCAGAUGAAGAUGCAGCUCAAAAAGGAGUUUGAACAGCGAGAAAGAGGAUUGCAAAAUGAAAUUAAAGAAUAUGAAAAUACUGUUGCAAAACUACGACAAGAAAUUAGUGAUUAUGAGAACUUAAUCAUUAAUAAAGAGAAAAAUGAGUGGUUUCAUUUAGACGAAAUUCGAGAUUUAGAGAAAGAACUGAGAGAAUUAAUUAAAGAGCAUGAGAAGGAUAAGAAGGAAAUGGUUGCUGAGUUUAUAAAUAAGGAGAAUGCAAUGAAGGAGCUGCUUGAAUUAAAACUUAAAACGUUAGAAGAAAGAUUUCACCAAGUGAAUCACAAAGAAAAUGAGAAAGAUAGCGAUAAAGUAAGCACAUUGUACGAGUGCAAUGAUAGAACUACAGAACUUGAAUCCGAAUUAGAAAAACUAGAGUAUACUUAUAAGAUGAAGCAGCUAUAUAAAAAUGGGGACUUUCAAUCUUUAAUUGAACUUAUAAAUAAAGGUAAAUGCAGUUUUGAAAUGAAAGUUCGUAUUGAUCAAGAUAGAGAAGUUACUUUUCUUUUUGAUGAUAAAAUAGUGGACGUUGAGCCCUUAGUGAAAGAAGUUUCGGUCAGAAUCAAACUACACCAAAUAAUACAAAUCAUUAAGGGAAAUAUUGUGUUAGACGAAAUUCAUGAACUUUACCACGAAGAAAUGAUCAAUCAAUUAAAAAAACAUUAUAGUCUAAAGAAAUGUUGUGAUCAACAGCGAACUAAAAUCUACGAAUAUCACUCUCUUGUUGAAACGAUGAAUGAGAGAGAUUUAAAGGUCUGGAGGUGGGUGCAUAUGAUUGAAGAGAGGGUAAACAAAAGUGAAGAAAUAGCCAAUAACAUCAGGAAUUUUUUAAUAAGAACUGGGGCGGUACUGAAAAGCACAGAAUUGCGUAGAAUAGUGGGAGAACUUGAUGAUUGGAUUCAAUCAAAUAGGGUGUUUGAGGAAGAAUAUAAUAGUAGUUGUGAAGGUGAGGAGAGCCCUACAACUGCUCUUUGUGUUAAGAAUGAAGCAGAGGCUGGGGUGUUAAUCUAUAAUCGCUACUCUGAUGAAAAUGCUAGAGUAUACAGAGAAGUGUCUAUUGAUUGA